UUCGGUUCUAUCACUUCUAUUUGGCUAUAUAUACCACACAUUUUCUCCUCUUGAUUUCUCCAUCUGUUUUUCCUUUAUUUUCAUUUUCUCUCCGAUUUUAGGUUUGAUUUUGGUUGAUUUAUUUGUUUUUGAGGAAUUACGCCUCAUACUAGGUUGGAACAUUUGGGGAACAUGAGAGAUCGAGUUCAAGACACGCUUUCUGCUCACAGAAACGAACUUGUUUCUUUACUUUCCACGUAUGUGGCUAAGGGAAAGGGGAUCCUGCAACGUCAUCAACUGACGGAUGAACUGGCCAAAAUUGCUAAAGAAGACGAAGGAAUGGAGAAGCUGAGCGAUGGCUCUUUCAUGAAUGUCCUGCAAUCUGCACAGGAAGCCAUAGUUCUUCCUCCAUUCGUGGCUCUAGCAAUUCGUCCUAGACCUGGUGUUUGGGAAUAUGUUCGUGUUAAUGUAUAUGAACUCAGUGUGGAUCACUUGAGUGUCGCAGAAUAUCUUAAAUUCAAAGAAGAACUCGUGGAUGGACAGUCCAAUGAAAACUAUGUGCUUGAACUUGAUUUUGAGCCAUUUAAUGCAACAUUUCCUCGACCAACAAGGUCAUCAUCCAUUGGCAAUGGGGUUCAAUUCCUCAACCGUCAUCUAUCAUCAAUUAUGUUCCGCAACAAAGAAAGCUUGGAUCCUUUGCUUAAUUUUCUUCGUGCACACAAGCAUGAUGGGCAUGCGAUGAUGCUGAAUGAUCGGAUACAGAGCAUGUCCAAACUACAGUCUGCUUUGGUGAGGGCUGAGGAAUACCUUUCUAAGCUACAUCCUGACACACCUUUUUCUGAUUUCGAAUUUGAUUUACAAGGAAUGGGUUUUGAGAGAGGUUGGGGCGACACAGCACAACGGGUAUCAGAGAUGGUGCACCUUCUCUUGGAUAUUCUUCAGGCUCCUGAUCCUGCUACCCUGGAGACAUUUCUUGGGAGGGUUCCAAUGGUGUUCGAUGUCGUUAUUGUGUCUCCGCAUGGUUACUUCGGUCAAGCAAAUGUCUUGGGUCUGCCUGACACUGGAGGGCAGAUCGUUUAUAUACUUGAUCAAGUGCGUGCUUUGGAGAAUGAGAUGCUUCUUAGAAUACAAAAGCAAGGACUGGAUGUCAUCCCAAAAAUUCUCAUAGUUACCCGACUCAUUCCGGAUGCCAAAGGGACGACAUGCAACCAAAAAAUAGAAAGAAUAAGUGGAACAGAGCACACAAACAUACUGCGAGUGCCUUUUAGAAAUGAGAAUGGUAUUCUUCGUAAAUGGAUUUCAAGGUUUGAUGUGUGGCCAUAUUUGGAGACUUUUGCUGAGGAUGCAUCAAAUGAAAUUGCUGCUGAGUUACAGGGUGUUCCAGAUCUGAUCAUUGGCAACUAUAGUGAUGGAAAUCUUGUUGCAUCCCUUUUAUCAUUUAAGCUAGGAAUCACACAGUGCAACAUUGCACAUGCCUUGGAGAAAACAAAGUAUCCUGAUUCUGACAUAUAUUGGCGGAAAUAUGAGGACAAGUACCACUUUUUAAGUCAAUUUACUGCUGACCUUGUUGCAAUGAACAAUGCAGACUUUAUUAUCACCAGUACAUAUCAAGAGAUUGCAGGGAGCAAGAAUAAUGUUGGACAGUAUGAGAGCCACACAGCUUUCACGCUUCCUGGGCUGUAUCGAGUUGUUCAUGGCAUUGAUGUUUUUGAUCCCAAGUUCAAUAUCGUGUCCCCAGGGGCGGACAUGUGCAUAUAUUUUCCUUACUCUGACAAGGAAAGAAGGCUUACUGCUCUACACGGUCCAAUUGAAGAACUUUUGUAUGAUCCUGAGCAGAAUGAUGAGCAUGUUGGUAUGUUGCAUGAUCGAUCAAAACCCAUCAUCUUUUCCAUGGCAAGACUUGAUCGGGUGAAAAACUUGACGGGGCUUGUUGAGUGCUACAGUAAGAGCAGCAAGCUAAGGGAAAUUGUAAAUCUUGUUGUGGUUGGUGGUUACAUCGAUGCCAAGAAUUCCAGGGAUAGAGAAGAAAUGGCUGAGAUUGAAAAGAUGCACAGUCUCAUUAAACAAUACAAUUUGCAUGGCCAGUUUCGAUGGAUAGCAGCUCAAAUGAACCGUGCACGUAAUGGUGAGCUAUAUCGCUAUAUUGCGGAUACAAAAGGUGUUUUUGUGCAGCCCGCUUUCUAUGAAGCUUUUGGCCUCACAGUUGUGGAAGCCAUGACUUGUGGGCUUCCUACAUUUGCCACUUGUCAUGGAGGCCCUGCUGAGAUCAUUGAGCAUGGUAUUUCAGGGUUCCAUAUUGAUCCCUAUCACCCUGAUCAGAUGGCUGCUAAUCUUAUUGAAUUUUUUGAAAAGUGCUCAAAGGAUCCUAGUUACUGGAACACGAUCUCCGAUGGAGGGCUUAAACGAAUUUACGAAAGGUAUACAUGGAAGAUAUAUUCUGAGAGGUUACUGACAUUAGCCGGGGUUUAUGGCUUCUGGAAGUAUGUGUCCAAGCUUGAGAGGAGAGAGACACGCCGGUAUCUGGAGAUGCUUUACAUCCUCAAGUUUCGGGAUCUGGCGAAGUCCAUUCCGCUAGCUGUGGACGAGCAGCAUUGAACUUCAUCUGAAGAGGAAGCUGUUAGCUGUGUGUGUGCUUCUGCAGCUGGUUUCUCCAUAAGUUAUGUGUCGAGUUGUUGAUUCUGUUGUGAAUUUGUCUUUCAUUUAGUAGAAUAGUGUGGUGACUCCUCUUUGAUGUACACUGGAGUUACUAUUCUGUUAUGCGUCAGGUUCAGUGUGAGUUUUUACUUGUAUGCCUAAUAAAAUGUCUUCAAAGUGCCUGUCUGUGCUCAGUAAUUAUCUCAAUAGCUUAGGGCAGUCCUGGAUAAUUAGAUAACUUUUUUAGCUUGCAAUCGUAAUCAAAGUUAGAAUAUGGCACUUUCAGCCAUUAAAUCAAUGCUGACUUUAGACGUAACUAUAAUUUAUAUUGUUAAUAAACAAUGAAAAAU